AUGGAAGCCCAGAUCACCAAGAGCCCUAAUGAUGACAGAGAAUACAGAUAUAUUACUCUUGAAAAUGAACUCGAAUGUAUAAUCGUGAAGGACAAUGAUACUAAAUAAAUCUGCUGCCUGAAUGGACAUUCACAUUGGAGCAGCUCUUGACCCAAAAGAAACACAAGGACUCGCCCAUUUUUUGGAACACAUGCUUUUUAUGGGCACUGAGAAAUACCCAGAGGAGAAUGCUUACUCAAAAUUUAUCUCUGAAAAUGGCGGGAAUGAAAAUGCUUUCACAACUCUUGAAGACACUAACUUUCAUUUUGAUAUUGCAAAUGAAUCGUUUGAAAAAGCACUAGAUAUGUUUGCACAAUUUUUCAUCUGCCCCUUGUUCAGUCAGAAUUCGGUAGAAAAGGAAAUGAAAGCAGUUGAUUCAGAAUUCAGGAAUGCUUUACAAUCCGAUGCUGAUAGAUACUUCCAGCUUUACCAACACGAAAGUAAUCCAGACAAUGUGUUCAACAGGUUCAUCAAUGGGAGUAUCGAGACUUUGAAAAAGGAAGGAAUAGUAUCGGAAUUGAAAGAGUUUCAUGCAAAGUGGUACUCCUCCAAUCUCAUGAAGCUCUGUAUCUAUUCGAAUAAGGAUCUGGAUGACAUGGAAACCAUAGUGAGAGACCUUUUUUCACAAGUAGAGAACAAAAAUAUCGAAGUACCAUCUUUUAGUGACCCUCCAGCUUUUACCCCUGAACACUUGGGAAAAUUCUACCGAGUAAAAUCAGUCUGUGAUGAAAAUGAACUUGGAAUGUCCUUUAAUUACCCCUGGUAUGGACAUGAUUAUUACUAUGAAGUUAUGCACUAUGCUAGUCAUAUCCUUGGACAUGAAGGUGCUAAUUCCUUGCUGAGUGCUCUAAUCCAGAAGGAUCUAGCCACAGACAUUUCUGUGAGCUACGACCAUUUUCUAGAGUCUUUCAGCUAUCUUGAUAUCAAUAUUGUUUUAACAGAGAAUGGUUUUGACCACUACGAAGAUGUCAUAGAGUUAGUAUGGGCUAAAAUAAACGCAUUGAAGCAGGAACUUCCAAAGGAGUAUAUUUUUAAUGAAUACCAUAAUAACUGAAGAUUAGCUUGGCAGUUCUAUGAGAAAAAUGAUGCCUACUCAUUUGUCACCAACAUUGCAGAGAGAAUGCACAAGUUCACCUCAGAAAAUAUGAAGGAUGUUCAGUCUACUCUUUACCUCUAUCAAGGAUUUAACCAAAGAGGAAUUUCAAAAAUGCUGGAGGGGCUUCUUCCUCAAAAUUGAGUGGUUAAUUUAUACUCCCAAAAUCAUGGCAAGAAAUUAUCCAAAGAUGAGAAAGACGAGACCAGUGAGGGUGAAGAUAGUGGUAGCGAUAGCGAUUCUGAUGAUGGCAUUGAAUAUUUGAAAGAGCCAUGGUAUGGAGUCAAGUAUCUCAAGGAAGAUUUAUCUCCUGAGCUGCUAGAGAAAAUGACAAAUCCAAGAAUAUUUGAAGAUAUUAAACUUGCUGACCCAUGUACAAAUGUGCUGUUUCCUGAUGACCUCAGUGUGGUUCCUUCUUCAGAGACGGAUUCUACAACUCCAAAUUUGAUUGUAAAUAACAAGAACAUGGAAGCUUGGAAUUUGAAAUGCACUAAAUAUAACAUUCCAACAGUAAUAAUCACGGAUAAUAUUUACACAAGCGAUUGCAACUUUGUCACUAGCGUUGAAGGAAUGGUCUUCUCUCAAAUCUGGAUUAAAGUGAUCAAGGAAUACUUCAGAGAAUAUUCUUACAUGGCUGAGCAAGCUGGCCUCAUUUUCAGUAUCGGCUUUGAUGAAGAUUCACUUGAAAUCUUCUUUAAAGGAUAUUCAGACAGAAUUGAGGAAUUUAUCUACACUUGCAUGAACAAGUUGAAGUCAUUUGAUGUCUCUAAAUCAGAAAGAAUCUUCUUGCAAAAGAAAGAAGCUUGGUUGAAGGAUAAAAGGAAUCUUGCCUAUGAUGAUCCAAGCGAACAGCUUGAAUUAAUGAUGAACAGAGUGAUGAUUUCAAACAAUUUUAAUACCCAACACCAGAUUUCCGUUGGAGAAGAAUUCACUUUUGAGAGAUUUGUGAUACUAACAAGUCAAUUUUUGCAGAAUGGAAAACACUUGUGGUUUUCAAUUGGAAAUAUUUUAAACUGUGAUGCAUUGAGAAUAUCACAAAAAAUUCUAGAGAUUCUUGAUACAAAGCCAAUGUCUCUAGAGGAGAUCCCACCUCAUAAUCUCUUCAAUCUUCAGGAGAACAAGGAAGUGCAUAUGCUUUGUGACUGAGAGAACUCAGAUGAAGAGAAUUCAGCAGUAAUGUGUUACUUCCAGUAUGGUAUAAAGGAAACUGAUAUUGACUAUCUUAUGAAUUGUAUGAUGCUUCACAUGCUUGAGGAGCCAACAUAUGAUUACCUCAGAACUAAAGAACAGCUUGGAUACCUAGUCUACUGUAAACAAUGGAAUUACCGAAGUAUUUUGGGUGGUGCCUUUGUUAUCCAAUCUUCAAAACAGCCUCCUGAGUACUUAAUUAAACAAAUUCUAAAAUUUAUUGAUACUGCUAAACAGCUGUGCGAAAGCUUGAGCGAUGAGGAUUUCACCAAAGCAGUUACUGCUCUACUCUCUGAUAGGAAGCAGCCAGAGAUCAACCUUGCUACAGUGAAGUAUAGAGUUCACUCAGAAAUCUGAUCCCAUCAGUAUAAAUUCAACAGAAUUCAGGAUGAAAUUGCCAUGCUGGAAGACAUGAUCAAAGAUGAAGAGAAGAUUAGGAAUGGCAAAGAUAUGCUAAAGAAUCAUUUUUACAAGACAUUCAUCGACAAUGUCAAGAUCCUUAAUUUAGAAAUGACUUCUGAUAAUUUAAAAGAGAAACAGGAGGAAAAUUAUAAGAGUAACAAUGAGACUUCGAGAAUUCCUAGAGCUUCUAUUACUCUCGCCGAUCAUGAAGCAAGUAGUGUUCCUCUAAUUGAACAGACUGGAACUUCAAAUCUUGAGAGUGAAAUAGAAAACGAACCUAAAAGAUACACAGACCUCAUGCUGGAAAGAUGGAAACAGUGGUGUAAGGACCAGGAAGCUUUACUUGAGUCAAUAGACUCAGAAAUGGAAGGAUGUUAAUUAUCAAUACAU